AAUCAGCUGUAAACCAAUGAAAGUAAACCCGUGGUAAACAACAACAACAACAACAGCACAACAACAAAAACAAGAAAAUUCCAACGUUAUAGACGCCUAACUUGAAGAUGCCACUCGCAAGCAAAGCAAACGGUGAAGACAUACGUGAAAGUUUCCCACAGCCUAUGGAAAUAAUAUAUACCUGCACACGAGGAUUCUUUACACGCAAACAAUUGUUCAAACGUUUACCUAUUCUUCAGUGGCUCCCGUCAUAUACAUUGCAAUAUCUAGUAGAUGAUAUUGUGGCCGGGCUUUCUGUUGCGCUGACAGUUAUACCACAAGGAAUUGCUUACGCAGCUAUAGCCAAUUUAGAUCCGCAAUAUGGAUUGUAUUCAGCAUUUAUGGGGUGUUUCAUUUAUUGCAUUGUAGGAAGCUGCAAAGAUGUAACAAUUGGACCUACUGCAAUAAUGUCGCUCAUGAUAAAUGCACACGUGGGAAAUAGUGGACCAGAAUUCGCAAUACUCUCGGCAUUCGUCACUGGAUGUGUGGUUCUAUUGCUCGGCAUACUUAAUUUAGGAUUCCUCGUGCAGUUCAUUUCGUUUCCUGUUACGGUUGGAUUCACUUCUGCCGCAGCUAUAACAAUUGCCAGUGGACAAGUGAAAUCUUUAAUUGGGAUUUCUGGACAAUCGAACGAAUUUUUAGACUCUUGGAUAAAUGUAUUCCAACAUGUUCAAGACAUCAGAUUGUGGGAUAGUGUGCUUGGUGUCUCCACUAUCAUUGUUCUACUGAUAUUGAUGCAAAUGAAAAACCUCAAAGGAAACAUUUUUUGGAGGAUGUUUGGGAAGUAUGUGGCUCUCUCAAGAAAUGCGAUAGCAGUAAUAACUGGGGCUUUCCUCGCUUAUAGUCUGAGCGAUAUUCGAAACUCGCAUCCUUUUCUGCUCACUGGAAAUGUGACCCCUGGCUUGCCACCAAUUCAGCUUCCACCGUUCAGCACCACCAUAGGCGAGCAAUCGUACAGUUUUUCGGAAAUGAUUGCCAAACUAGGUACUUCUAUCAUAACCUUACCGCUCAUUGCCGUCUUAGAAUCGGUUGCUAUCGCUAAAGCCUUUUCAAAAGGCAAACCUAUUGAUGCCACGCAGGAAAUGAUAGCUCUCGGUAUAAGCAACAUUGCUGGUUCGUUUGUGUCAUCCAUGCCUGUUACGGGAUCAUUUACGAGAUCUGCAGUGAACAAUAACAGUGGAGUUCGAACACAGCUUGGAGGUAUCACUACCGGAAUCGUCGUACUUGUUGCCCUUGGAUUGCUUACGAAAACGUUCUACUACAUCCCAAAAGCAUCGCUAGCAGGAGUCAUAAUAGCGGCGAUGCUCUUCAUGGUUGAAUUUCAAGCAGCUGCGGAAAUUUGGCGCACGAAACGUAUAGACUUUAUUCCAAUGAUGUGUACGAUGGUGGCUUGUUUACUUCUUGGUCUAGAGUACGGUAUGAUUGUCGGUAUUGGAAUUAACGUGUGUAUUGUUCUGUACCAAAUAUCACGACCAUCUAUUGAGACGAUGCCUUUGACAAUCGAUGGAAUUUGCGUCCUAGUCGUCCAACCCGACCAGAAUCUGAUGUAUUCAUCCGCGGAAUAUCUGAAACAUCAACUUCUUAAGCAAGCAGAUAAGCAUCAGUGUCAAUUUAUCGUUCUCGACGGAUUGCACAUAAAUUCGGUGGACACUACUGUAGCGAAAGCACUCGUCAGUAUGACGCACGAUCUGGAGCAUUCAGAUCGGAAAAUAGUGUACUGGAAAUGGAACCGUUCAGUACAAUGUACUCUACUCAGAAUGGAUAGAACUUUGUUUCAGAAAACUUUUAGACACGAAGAAAGCAUAGACGUAAUAAUCAAGGAGCUCAUUGCUCAACAAACACCAACCAGAAGUGCUGUUUAGGAAGAAUUUCAUUUGAUUCAAAUUUAAAUGCCCUUGAAAAUCAGACUAUUGAGACGUAAGCAACAUUUUUAUGAAAUAAAAUGAAAAUUUGUUUUAUAUUAAAUUGAUUUGUUUAGAUUUUAGUUGAACCAUUGUAAAGCAAUAGUAGAUACAUGUCCAAGUAAAUAUACACACACUGUUGUUAUUUUUGUUA